AUGCCCAAGCUUAUUUCGAAGAUCGAGGGCAAAGGAAACGGAAUCAAGACCGUCGUUCCAAAUAUGACCGACAUUGCACGUUCCCUGAGUCGUCCUCCGACUUAUCCUACUAAAUUCUUUGGGUGUGAGCUCGGCGCUCAAGUCAAAUGUGACGAAAAGAAUGAUCGUUAUAUUGUGAACGGUGCGCACGACGCCGCAAAGCUUCAAGAAUUGCUCGACGUCUUUAUCAAAAAAUUUGUUUUGUGUGCUGGGUGCAGUAACCCUGAAACUGACUUGAUCAUUACCGGAAAGAGCGCGAGUACUCAAAAAAUUAUCCGUGAUUGCAAGGCCUGUGGCCAAAGAACCGAUGUUGACAUGCGUCACAAGUUGGUUACCUACAUUUUGAAGAACCCUCCUACCUCUCCCAAGGGCAAAGGUGGUAAGAAGGAGAAAAAAGGAAAGAAAUCCGCUGAAGACGAGAAUCCACCGUCUCCUACCAAAGGUGGUUCGGAAGAUGGUUCGGAAGAUGAAAUUACUCGUCGUAUUCAAGCUGAUGCUUCCGAGCUCCCCACUGCUGAUCAAAACGCCGAUGAUGAUGACGAUUGGGCUGUUGACACUUCUGCCGAUGCCGUCAAGAAGCGCAUCAAAGCUUUGGAGGAAGAUGUUCGUACCUCUCUAGUCAUCACUGACGUCGACGACAACGCUGAAGAGAACGAUCCUUAUGAACAGAUGGAUGAAUGGUUGGAAGAGAACCCCAGUUCCUCAAACAAUGAUAUUUACAGGAAAAUUAAAGAACUAGGCAUUUCUAAGGAUGCCGAUAAAAUUAUAAAGCAUCUCUUGUUUGGUCUUUUUGCCGAGAAUUUCCACAAGAGUGCGGUCAUAUCCAAGCAAAUUCAUAAGAGGGCUAAAUUGUUCAAGAAGUUUAUCACAAAUCCGGAUGACCAAAGAGCUCUUUUAGGCGCCACCGAAGAGGUUAUUAAAGAUAAUAAGGAAUUAAUGGAUGGCAAGGUCAUUUGCCACAUCCUAAUGGAGUACUACCAGAAUGAUCUUCUUGAUGAAGAAGUUUUCACCGUCUGGAUUGAAGGUAGUGCUUCCGAGAAAUACCAAGAACUCUUUAAGAGAACUGGUUCAAUCGAUUAUGUUGACCCGGCUAUCAACCAGGAUAUCCAAUAUGGAAAUCCCGUUUACUUUGUUUAUUCCAGCGCUAGUGAUUAUGAAAUUUAA